GUGAAUUUACCAAUAUAAUUACCCCAAAACAUCAGCAUUUCCAAACAGUGAACGAUACCAGCUGGACCCUGUUGAGCAACAACAACAGCCGUACCCCGUGUAAUAACAGACAUUGCAUAUCUCUUGCUGAAGAAAGUGGAUUACAGCUGGCUAUGGUUUAACUGGUGUUCAGCUUUUGCUAUUUCAAACCUCACUCGUGUCGUCUGAGGAAUCAUGGGAAAGGAUGAGCGUGAUGGCUCGUCUCGUCAGCGGAAGACUACCAGACUAGUAGAAACAGCAGAAUUUAUUACCGAUAGCACUUUCUCUCAAAUCACAUUGGAUGCUGGUGACAGUGGAAGUUGGCAAAAGAAAAGCAAGUCCAAACAUACAGAAGGUAUUGAGGAGAAAAUGGAUCUAACUGGAGACAGAACCAGUGUUGCUCUCCUGAUGUUCCUCUAUAUUUUACAGGGUAUUCCCCUUGGCUUAGCAGGAAGCAUUCCAAUGGUCCUGCAGAGUCGGAGAAUCAGUUACAAAGAGCAGGCCCUUUUCAGUUUUGUUUACUGGCCAUUCAGCAUCAAGCUGUUGUGGGCACCAAUAGUGGAUGCGGUGUAUGUGGAACGAUUUGGCCGCAGGAAGUCCUGGCUUGUUCCCACGCAGUACCUGAUAGGGCUCUUCAUGAUUGUGCUCUCAGGUUACAUUCCCAUGUUGCUUGGAGAAACGGACCAAAAUGCCAAGGUGGAUAUCCUGACGUUGACCAUAGUUUUUUUUAUGCUGAACUUCCUGGCUGCUACUCAGGAUAUUGCCGUGGACGGAUGGGCCUUAACCAUGCUCUCAAGGCGCAAUAUUGGCUGGGCCUCUACAUGUAACACUGUGGGACAGACAGCUGGCUACUUUCUGGGUAAUGUCCUCUUCUUGGCCUUGGAGUCGGCAGAUUUCUGUAACAAAUACCUCCGUUCUGUCCCAGAGAAAGAAGGGCUUGUCACUUUGGCAGGUUUCUUGUAUUUCUGGGGUGUCGUGUUCUUUGUCACGACCACCUUGGUGUGUUUCCUGAAGCGUGAGAAACGUGACCCAGAAGUCGACCCAGAGGCGGGGAUUGUCAGCACCUAUUAUCAGCUGUGGGACGUGGUGCGACUCCCAGCAGUCAUGUCCUACGCAUUCAUCAUCCUCACAGCUAAGAUCGGCUUUGCAGCAGCUGAUUCCCUGACAAGUUUGAAGUUGAUCGAGGCUGGCCUGCCGAAAGAGAGACUGGCCCUGUUUGCUGUUCCCAUGGUGCCUGUUCAAAUCGCCCUGCCCUUAAUCAUCAGUAAAUUCACCACAGGUCCGCGACCAAUGAAUGUUUGGCUGGGAGCCUUCCCUGUCAGACUCUUCCUGGGCCUGCUCUACCUAUUUGACGUGUGGUGGACAUACGUCGUGCAGACAGCUCCCGGGGAGUUUCCGUGGUAUUACUACGCCUUUGUGCUCUUCAGUUACGGACUACAUCAGGUGGCAGUGUACUGCAUGUUUGUGGCUCAGAUGGCGUUCCACGCCAAAGUCAGUGACCCUGCUAUAGGAGGAACAUACAUGACACUUCUGAAUACUAUGGCCAACUUGGGUGGGAACUGGCCAGGUACGUUAGCUUUGUGGAUGGUGGAUGGAUUGACCACAAAGACCUGUGUUGGUGGAGCAGGGGAUUGUGCCACAUCCAGUGAUGUGAAGCUGUGUGAAGAUGCUGGAGGGAAGUGUACGAUAACUGUAGAUGGUUUUUACAUCGAAUCUGUCAUCUGCAUCAUUCUGGGUCUCCUCUGGUUCAUGUGGCGUAAGAGGCGUAUCCAGGAGCUGGACAGUCUAGAAGAAAAACACUGGAAGUGCGCCAGAUGACGUCGUGUCGGUUUUAGUCAGCUCGUCUAGUACCACAUCCAGAAACAACAUCGGAAAUCAUAAUCUGCCUUCUGUUAUUGUUUUGUCUUCUUUUUUUUCAAAGAGCAAAAUAUUUUCAAAAAAAGGUUCUAGGGUCAUUGCCUGAGAAGCAGAAAAUCAAAUUUCCAUGGCUUAAGUGUUUGUGUUAGUACACUGUGUAUUUACAUGCACGUAUGUACAGUGUAUGUUGUCCUCUAAAAUUUGGGACACCUGGUCUGCUCAUUUUAACCAAUAUAUAUGUAAUUCUAGCAGGAGUUUCUUUUUUCUCACAUGGAGAUAUAAAGCCUGGUGUGUCACUUCCUUCAUACCAAGGCUUUCUGAUUGGCUAAUAUUAUCAUGGUCAGAGAACCUGUCACCCUCUUAAUUUUUGUGUGUGUGGUGUUUAAUGAACUUCAGAACAAUAUGGAACACUUCGGAAAAGUCAGAAAAUGUUAUAUAAGGUAUUGUUGAAAGGUGGAUACAUUGACUUUCUUUAGAAGUAAUUCUAAUAAUGUCUAAUAAUUGCUAUAUUUUUCUUUAACAUAACAGUGUGUCGCUGACUGUAGAAAGAAAGCAACUGUAAUUCUUCAACCUUUUCGCAUGUUUGCAAGGUUUUUAUUUAAGCAUAUUCUAAGGCUUUAUUCUGGGUAGGCUGAUAAAAUUAUACUUUUUCUGAUGCACUGAAAUUGGCCAGUCCAACCAAUGUAGUUUUGUCUCCAAAAUCUGAUUACAAAUGUGCAUUAAUCGACUGAAAGUUGUGCUUUCAUAUGUGACAAGGUUGGGAUUGAGGGGUAACUUAGUUAAGGUAAUUAAUAUUGUGAAGAUUUUUGUGUUUAAUAGGACAUUUGUACAUGGAAAUCAUUAAAUCUCUCUUCUGUGAAAUAUGAAUGUUGAUUUUAUUAUCAUUCUUAUGUGAAGCAUUUAACAACGUGGUGAAAUAGUUUUGUAUCCAAAAUCGACGACAUAAAUAUUUUCUGUUUAUCUGCACAAUUAUGUGCUGUUCUCUGUAGCCUUAGAUCAAGUUCAUACUACUCAUGCGCCACUAUAAAGCGGGUUGAAAUAAGAUGUUACUUGUGGUUGCCAGUAAGUAAUGUUGGCUUUAAAUUCUGAAACAUUUCACAUGUUUGUUUGCUGGCACAAAGUUGUAUAUACAGUUCCCAAACUGAGUUUGGUAUUUAAAAUGUGUGCACAGCAUAUGAUCCUCACCUCUACUUCCAAUGCACUUAAAAAAUUAAUGUUUUAACGUCAACAGAAAGCCUGUUGUCUGAGUGAUGCUCGAGUGAUGCUGCUAUUUUACGAUAAUCUUCUGUCCUAUUCAAGAUAAUAUCCUUUUAGUCUGUUAGAAUCUUUAAGUUCAAUUAAUAGAAUAUCUGUGUUAUAUUAUAAUAAACAAUCAUAUGCAUUAGCAGAAUACAUUCUAGUAUCACCCAUAGUAUUCAUUUCAUAAAAAACUUUUAUAUAAACUUAUUGAAUUAAACUACAGCUGUGUAAAUUUAUGUUAAUGUGUAAUUUCUGACAUUUCAGAGAAAAUUUGAGGCUGGGCAUGUUUGUGUAGUCUUCAUCAGAUCAUAGCAGAGGGCUGUUAAAGGCUCAAAGUAUAAAUAUAAACUACGAUGGGUUAAAUUGAUUUGUAUUUAUACAUGUAUUUAAUAUUUGUUAUAUACACGUAAAUGGGUAUAGAUUAAUCUUUUAAAUUAUUUACAUGUUACAUAACUGGCUGUGGCAUAGCUAUGGGACUCAAUAUGUGUGGACGUCAGAGGAAAAUUGUGACAUGAAUUUUGAAACAGAAAUUUAUAAUUUAUGUUCAUUGGAAUAUGUCUGUUCACAUGUGCAUUUAAACUGUCGGGUUCCUCUGUCACAUUUGUUAAAGGUGUGCCAUGUUAUCUAUAUAGGGUAGAUAUCUUUAGGAUCAAAAGACCCUCCAGCUACAUAUAAGCUGUCAUAAUUUUAUUAAAGUGUGUGGUAAUGGUCCAAUUUAUUACAUUCAUUAUGGCAUUCAUUGUUGUCUUCGCAAGAAAAGUGGCUCGGGACAAUUGUUGGCACAAAAUGGAUGGGGUAUAUUUUUGUAGUAUUGUGUAGUAACUCCUGACCCCAGUGUAUUUUACGCUAAUUUCACAUAUACCAUAUUAAAAAGUCUUCUCAGCGUUUUUGUUUCCAGAUAAUGUGCCUGUCAAUAUCAUGUUUAUUUGAACUCAUGGAUUACAAUAGAACUUAAAUCAUUCUUGACGUGUGCUUACCAGGGCCGCAGUUUUAGGCGCAGCAGAAAUACUGAGCGCUGCAUGCGGAAUACCGCAUUAAUUUUGAGAUCGAACUCAUUUUCCGCACUCUCUCUCUCGACAAUGAAAUCAGAUAAUAGUUAAGAAGAAUAUGCCGGAGACUGGUUUCGGUUAAUUUAAGCAAUUCAAACUGAACACUCCCUCCCCUUCUGUAUCUCUAUAACCGAUUUAUACACUUUCCGAAAGUGUCACCAUUUCGGCACGAACUACGAAAGUAUGCAUGCACGAAAGUUAGACUGCAUUAUAAUGUAUACAUGUCU